CGUCGGUGGCUGGAAGUGCUUGGAGGAUUACGACAUUAUUUUUGAUUAUCACAUCAAAAAAGCAAAUGUCGUCAUAGAUGCGUUGAGCCGAAAGACAUGGGCUAUGUUGCAAGUAGAAAUUGUUGCGGAUUUGUCAAGUCUAUGGCUGAAAAUUCUACCAAGUGGGGACAGUGAUGGUCUAUUGCGUGCGAUGGUCUUGGGGUCGGAUUUAUUACAAGAAAUCAAGGAAAAACGGAUGAAGGAUUCAGAUUUGGCUAGAAUUUG